AGAACAAGGGAUAGGAUGAUAGGAUACAUAUCGUUUAAUUUACAACACCGUCGCUCAGCUAGUUGCACUAUAUAUACUGGCGCAAGAGAAUUGACUCAAUACAAGUUUACUUUCAAGAUGGCUACCAGCAUGUCCACCAACAAAAAUAAAGAAAAAUGUUUGUUUACGAGAGGCGAGCAUACAAUGACUGUACCAAAGAGUCUCUUUUACGGGAACAGAACACGUCUUGCUCAGCGUUUAAGAGGGAAGGCAGGAGUACCAGGUGAAGGUGGUUUUGUUUUGCUGCAGGGUGGCGAUGAGGUCCCUUUCAAUGACACUGAUAUUAACUACGAAUUUCGGCAGGAAUCAUUUUUUCAAUGGGCUUUUGGUGUUGAAGAACCUGGUUGUUUUGGAGCAUUAGAAAUAACAACUGGCAAAUCGAUAAUAUUUUUUCCACGACUACCAGCUGAGUAUGAAAUUUGGAGUGGUAAACUCACUACGUUAGAAGAAUUCAAAGAGCGGUAUGGUGUAGAUGAAACGUAUUAUGUUGACGAAAUAGCCCAGGUGUUUGAUAAAAAAAAUGCCAAGCUUAUUCUAACUUUGUUUGGCCAAAAUAGUGACAGUGGACUCUACUCCAAACAAGUAAACUUCGAUGGUAUUGAAAAAUUCAAAGUUGACAAUAAUAUUUUGUAUCCUGAGAUAUGUGAGUGCCGAGUAAUAAAAUCUGAUGAGGAAAUAGAAGUAAUGCGGUAUGUUACCAAGAUAAGCUCUGACGCUCACAAAAUGGUUAUGCGAGCAGUACGUCCAGGUUACACUGAAUAUCAGGGUGAAUCAAUUUUCAAACACUACAUUUACUCAGUCGGUGGAUGUAGGCACAUUUCAUAUACAUGUAUUUGUGGUUCUGGACAUAAUGCUUCUAUUUUACACUACGGACAUGCUGCUGCACCCAAUGAUAGAACAAUAAAAGAUGGUGAUAUUUGUCUUUUUGAUAUGGGAGGAAAUUACUGUGGUUACGCUGCUGAUAUAACGUGUAGUUUUCCAGCUAAUGGGAAAUUUACAGUUAAUCAAAAAUUUAUUUAUAAUGCCGUGUUGGGUGCCCGCAAUGCGGUGAUUGAAGCUACUAAACCCGGUGUCAGUUGGAUGGAUAUGCAUUUACUGGCAAACAAGGUAAUGCUUCAGCAUUUGAAACAAGGAAAUCUGUUAGUGGGUGAAGUAAGUGACAUGAUUAACGCUGGAUUAAAUGAAAUUUUUCAACCACACGGUCUUGGUCAUUUACUGGGAUUGGAUGUUCAUGACGUUGGUGGUUAUUUACCUGACUGCCCCAAAAGAUCCGAAAACCCAGGAGUAAGAAAAUUGAGAACUGCCAGAAAAUUACUUCCGGGUAUGGUGUUAACAAUAGAACCUGGCUGUUAUUUUAUCGAUUCUCUUCUUGAUGCUGCCCUGGCGAAUCCUGACCAAAGUAAAUUUAUUAAUGCCGAUAAAUUGAAAUUAUUCCGUGGCUUUGGUGGUGUCAGAAUUGAAGAUGAUGUAUUAAUUACUGAAACUGGAGUUGAAAAUUUAACUUUUGUUCCUCGGACAGUAGAAGAGAUAGAAGAGUGGAUGGCUCAUGGCAGAGAAAAUUUAUUGCUACCUCAAGAACUGCUAAAACCUUAAACUAAUUUAAAUAACUGCUAGCAAUAUAAAAUAUUUUUUUUUAUCCACCAAGAUUAACAAUCUAUUUUUUAUAUAAAAUGUUGUAAGUAGUUGAUAAAAUAUGAUGCAAUUAUUAAGAUAUUAAAUGCAAUUUAACAAAUGA